AUGCCUAAGUUUUACUGUGACUACCGCGAUACAUACCUCACCCGUGACUCUGCCUCUGUGAGAAAGACACACUGCAGUGGUCGGAAACACAAAGAGAAUGUGAAGGACUGCGAUCAGAAACGGAUGGAAGAGCAGGCUCAGAGCCUGAUUGACAAAACAACCGCUGCAUUUCAACAAGGAAAGGUACCUCCAACUCCGUUCCCUGCUCCUCCUACUGAAGGGGCAAUGAUGCCACCUCUCCCCCGUCUCCCGGGUCCUCCUCGCCCUGGGAUGAUGCCAGCACCUCACAUGGGGGGCCCUCCCGUGAUGCCAGUGGUGGGUCCUCCUCCUUGUGGGAUGAUGCCAGUGGGACCUGCUCCUGGAAUGAGGCUGCCUAUGGGAGGCCACAUGCCAAUGAUGCCUGGGCCCCCAGUGAUGAGACCUCCUGCCCGUCUCAUGAUGGUGCCCACCCGGCCAGGAGUGACUCAACCAGACAGAUAG